AUGGAUGGACAGGUAGAGAACUUUGUGGGGCAUGACGAAGGUGGAUUGCCUCAAGUUCCUUACGACGGAGAGCAGCCAAACCCGUAUGAUGAUGUCGCGAAGCAGUACAGUGAAGAGCUUGGUGACCAGUACAACGAGCAACCUGAGCAAGCAGACUUGUACAGUGAGGAAACUGGCAAUCAGUACAAUGAAGACCCAGCAAAUUCUUACCAGGAAGAGCUGGAGAAUGCAUUCAGUGGGGACCCGGACAUGGCCCAACAGGACAACUCGCAGGUCAACAAUGUUGACGAUAACAAAUGGCCUGGAUGGCCAGGAGAGAGUGUUUUCCAUUUACUGGUUCCAGCUCAGAAGGUCGGAGCUAUCAUUGGCCGCAAAGGGGAGUUUAUCAAGAAGAUGUGCGAGGAGACUAAAGCGCGCAUCAAAAUACUUGAUGGCCCGCCUGGUGUACCAGAAAGAGCAGUAAUGAUUUCAGCAAAGGAUGAACCAGAGGCACCUCUCUCUCCAGCUGUGGAUGGCUUACUUAGAGUUCAUAAAAGAAUAACUGAUAGUUCAGAUGGUGAAUCUGGUCGGCCUCAACGAAGUGCUGGUAAUAUAGGACCAACACGACUUCUAGUGCCAUCUUCGCAAGCUGGCAGCCUUAUUGGCAAGCAGGGAGCAACUAUUAAAUCAAUACAAGAUUCUUCUAAGUCCGUUGUCCGUAUUGUUGAGAAUGUGCCUCCUGUUGCACUACAUGAUGAUAGAGUUGUGGAGAUACAAGGCAAGCCUCUUGGUGUCCAAAAAGCAGUGGAAUUAAUAGCGAGUCACUUAAGAAAAUUUCUUGUUGACCGCAGUGUUCUUCCAUUGUUUGAAACACAUAUGAAAAUGCAUGGUAUGCCGAGGGAGCAACCAGUGCCACCUCUCCAGCAUUGGGGCCCUCAAACCUGGGGCCCUCCUCCGAACAUUCCUCCAGGGAUUCAACCACCCUCUAUUGCAGGUUCUCAGGUGACUCAUAACAUGCACAUUCCCCUUGCCUAUGCUGAUGCUGUGAUUGGGGCAGCUGGUGCUAGUAUCAAUUAUAUCCGUAGACACAGUGGCGCAACAGUAACUAUUCAAGAAAGCAGAGGUGCACCUGGAGAGAUGACUGUGGAGAUAAUUGGGACUGCAGCCCAAGUUCAAACUGCUGAGCAACUGAUCCAGAGGCUGCUCCCCCAGGCCCACCGCCAGCUUCUAACCCUCCCGCUCCACCAGUUGAUCCGAGCUAUGGCUCUUACCCACCAGGCCACCACCAUAUGGAGCAGCUCCUUCGGCGGCUGCCAGGCCUCAUCCGCAGCACAAUGGUGGGAGCUACGGUGGCCCGACAUACCCUCCCAGCUAUGGUUAUUAGUAUUCAUUCAAGUAGUAGCAAACCGAGGAUUUGUCCUCUUUUCUUUCCUGAAGGAUCUGUCCUCACGGCGUCUUUUUCCUGGUGUGAUGUUUGUGAGCGCCGACAGUGCGUCCUUAAACUCCGAGCUUUGCAUGUUUGUAUUUGGAGCAACACAUUUGGGCAACUUGUGGACAAACUUGAAAGAUGAAGGUGACCCAAUGUUAUACGGUUUUCAAACAGAUAGAAACAACAUUAUGAAUAAUAGUAUUCUAGUCCGAUCAUGA